AUGAAAACCAUUGCCCUCAUAUCCGGCGGCAAGGACAGCCUCCUCUCCGUGCUGCUGGCGAUGCGGUACGGGCACACGCCUGUCGUGUUGGCAAACAUCUGCCCGACGUGCAACGAGGGACCCGAGCACGUGCACGAAAUCGACUCUUAUUCCUUUCAAACGGUGGGCCACGAGGCGGUGGAGUCUAUCGCCGUCUGUAUGGAACUGCCUCUCCGCCGUGCGUACAUUCGGGCGGGCCAAUCGAAGGUGCAGGGGCUUCACUACACGAAGGAGCGCGACGAGGAGGACGAGGUUGAGACGCUCUAUCGUCUGCUGCGCACCGUGAAGGAGGAGUUUCCGGAGGUGGAGGGCGUGACUACGGGCGCCAUUUUGUCCCACUACCAGCGUUAUCGUGUGGAGGAUGUCUGCGAUCGUCUAGGGCUUCACUCGCUUGCGUUCCUCUGGCAGCGCCCCGCGGAGGAGGUGCUCGACAUAGCCGCCGCGUUACAGUUGCACGCGAUUCUGGUAAAGACGGCCUCCAUUGGCCUCGACCCGAGGAUUCAUGUUGGGUUGUCGUUGGAAGCCGUGCGUCCUGCGCUGGAGAAGGCGCAACGGUUAUACGGGACCCACAGUGCGGGCGAGGGGGGCGAAUUUGAGACGAUUGUCUUGGACUGCCCACUCUUCAGGGAGCAAUGCCUGGAGAUUGCGUCGCUUGAGCGGGUCAUUGUGGAUGACAACGACUAUUCACCCUCCGGUUACGCGCGUCUCAAGGUGCGUCGGCGGAACAAGACAAUGGAAGAAAAGAACUCAAGUAAGGAGUUGCUGCGGCGGCUUCCGAGCCUGACGUUUCCCUCGGAUAGCAUGCGUUACUUGCCCCACGUAGACCAGUUUCUCAAGGAGUGCGCAGAGACGCUUGAAUGGAGAACGAGCCCGACGCCGUGCAGCUCGGACACUGAGUUUUGGGGCUGCAACUGCUGCGACGUCUACGAGAGUGACGCUUGCCAGCGCGAGGACGAAAUGGAGUCUUGCGUCACGCGUGUCUUUCGACGAAUCGUAGAGGACAUGUUGGGGAAAAAACGUGAGGCUUUCUUUUUCUUGGUGCUUGCUCCCUCCUUGCAGUCCUUUGAGAUUGUCUCUGAAGCGCUUGCACGUUGCUUUCCUUACCUUCAAGCGCCCGGGUGUGCUUUUGCGGAGGCGUCGGAACUAGGGCGGUUUCGUGUGGAGGUUCUUUCCUCUCUACGAGAGGGCAUUCAACGGGGGACGCUGCAGGUAGGAAGCAGCAGUUGCUGCGGUCCCGUCUCUGUAGGGUCACAAUCCUUUGCGAACCGUGUCAACCUCGACGCGGAGCGCCGCGUGAUUGUGAGUGGAUGCAUCGGUUUGGUGCCUGUGGCGCGACGCCUGGCGGUGUCUGAGGACAUGCCGGAGCUAUUGAGUAUGUCGCUUUCGCGCCUCUCGCACAGCGUGGGCCUGGAGGAGGGUGCCGUGAGGGCAUUUAUCGUCCAAUUUGCUUUCACGUAUGCAAACAGUGUUCUUGGGCUCACGCACUUUGGCGGUGAGGCCACAUUUGCCACUCACGCAACUUUUUUCCUGAGCGAAAUGCAGUUCGCAUCGUUGGUGCCUUCCUUGUGGCGGUGGUGCACCGGCGAUGCCACGAGGCUUCUGCCUUGGGGAGACCCACACGUGCGUGGCGCGGCGGGUGGCGUGGUCUGCCGCAUCCUUCACGCAACACAGCUCCCGUCCUCUGCUGCGGUGGAACUUGUGCUGGAACGCCGCGAGCCUCUUUUGGAAGAGGCGUGGUAA